AUGGCCACUGCUACUGUUAUGCCCUCUGUAUCGAUUGCUCGGCUCCACCACGCGCCAACCAGUCAAGAUCUUGAGGUCUCGUUGAGCAUAUACAAUACUCUCCCUCACCCGGAGGAGCAGCCCCAAAUCUCCGAUGCUAUGCUCGAGGCUGUUGGAGAGAUCUUUGUCCGUCACAGAGCUCAAGGUAUAUUCGGUAUCCACCUGCUCCACGGUCACUUCACUGCUCCCAAGGGUACUGUCCUUCUCGGCAUCGAAUUCCCAAUUACGAACACGACGCAGGCCUGCUGGACCAAGCCCGUACCAGCAGAAGAGCUGACGGCAAAGCCUGUCCACGGACACGUUUUUCGUUUACAAUCGGACGCGACCUUUGUUGCGUAUGAGUUCCAUGAAGGUGAUUCAGCCUUCAAGGGAGAAAAUAUAGGACCAGCUUUCUUCGAAGAAUUUGCGGACUUUCUCCACCGCAACAGCCUAGCCGAUUUGCUUGCUCUGGAACUGCUGGAUGGCCCUUAG